AUGGCUAUGGAGAUUUCUUACAGGGGUGGGAAUUUGUGGGCAAAAAUUAUUAGAUCUGUUUAUGGGGAUGUGGUGUGGGGUUCAGAGGGGCUGGAAAUUAGAGGGAAUCAGAGGUCUAAAAGUAGCUGGUGGGGAAAAAUCGUCGAGGGAGGAAGAGGGGUGACAGCGAAGUGGUUUGAGAAUAAUCUUGUGAGAAGUAUUGGAAAUGGGAGAGAAACGUUGUUUUGGGAGCAUAGGUGGGUGGGAAAUCAACCGUUAAAAAUUAGGUUUCCAAGACUUUAUUUUAUUAGUUCACAGAAAGGAAACUCCAUCAGUGACAUGGGUAGUUGGGAAGAUGAUGUCUGGGCGUGGAAUCUGAAGUGGAAUAGAGAGCUUUUCCAGAGAGAAAGUGGGCGGGUAAACGAACUGAUAUCUGUCAUCUCCUCCAUUUCUCCACAUGCAGGUAAAGAAGAUAGGUGGACAUGGAAAGCAUCAACAGAAGGUGUGUUCACAACUAAGUCGGUGUACUCUUUAAUCAAAGAUUUGCGAACGGCAGGGAGGAUUUUGGAGGCUAAUGCAAUGAGGUCGGCGAAAGCAUGGAAAAUUAGUGCUCCUCAAAAAGCAAAAGUGACGAUGUGGAGAAGCUUCAGAAACCGGUUACCUACGUGCGACAACUUGAAAAAGAGGAGAAUCCCACUUGAAGAGGCUGAGUCCAUGUGUAAUGCUUGCUGCUACCGGGAAGAAACAGUCCAGCACUUGUUUUUGCUUUGCCCGAAGACAGAAAUGAUUUGGAAUGGAAUUCAAAAAUGGUUGGGAGUCCAUUCUGUUCGGCCUAACAACAUUGAAGCACAUUUCGACUCUUUCACUAACCUUGGAAAGGGAAAGCAAAGCAGAAAAUUCUUGGAAGCAUUAUGGGUGUGUAUCAUUUGGCUCGUCUGGAAAAGUCGAAAUGAAAGUAGAUUUGGAGGUAAGAACUGGGAAGUCACCAAGAUGAUGGGAGAAAUUAAAGCAAGGAUAUGGAGUUGGAACAAGAGUUUUGGUUUGGCUGAUUUGGGAACCGAUUUUGUUUCAUGGUUCUCUGAUUUUUCUCACUUUCUUGUUUAA